AUGGACAUAGGUUUCACCCCAUACUUCGACAAGAAUUUAAAAGAGUUAAGAGGCCCUAUUCCUUUAACUAUUUUCAACAAGCAAUGGCAAGAUUUAGCCAAUAGUUAUCAUGUAGAGAAAAGAGUAAAGACCAACAAUCUUAAUAAAGAUAUCACACCGUAUACCGGCUACCCCUAUCCACACGAGAUGACUCAAACUUAUGCAUCCUGGAACGUCAAUUAUCGCAACUUUGUAUUGGUUCUAAGAAACGUUUACAAUUUCAAAACCUUCGCGAACUGGGCAGAGAUCCAUCAAUCCAACGUAGAGUUUUACCAUGAAAGGGACAACUGGAUGACGGAUUUUUGGUACAACAUCAAAAUGAGAUGGAACGCCUUUGCUUUUUGGGUCCUUCAAGGCAAAACAAACGCUCCACCAGACAUCUCUCAAAGACGUGAAGACAUACCCGCAAUAUGCUUUGCUGAAACUCGCAGAUUAGAUGAAGCGUCUUUCACUGAUAACCCGUACGCAAAAGGCGGCACUAGAUUCGGUUACGACUGGACCACAGGCUUACCUAGGUCUCAAACAACCCUACUACAAGUUCCUCAGACAACCAUACUAGUCACAAUCAUCACCACACAAACAACAACAACCACGAACAAACCUGAUUUAGGACAUAGGAGCAAAAGUGGUUACAACGGGAGAAACUUUGACCCAAAAUAUGCAGCGAAGAAGGCAGCAGCGGCUAAACCGCCAACUGGAAACGGGAACACGUAA